AUGUUACGACGAACCGUGGUGCAAACCCAACAGAUCGCUGCUGAAUUUCCCCGUAUUGUCCAUCUUUUAAUUUAUUAAACCGAUAUUAGCGGUUAUCGUUUUUGCCGGGUUUUUCCAUGAUGCGUCUCAGAGGUGCAGCUUAGGUUAUGUUUCUCAUGGUACCUCUGCAUAUCUUUACCUUGUUACCUUCUCGAACUCUGAUACAUCAUCGCCGCGACGAAGAAUCAUCAAGAGUUUUCUCUGAUAACUUUUCUAGUUUUUUUGAAUGAGUUGAACCCGAUCGGUUUUUCUGUAAAUGGUCAAUAUCGUUCGUAGUAUCGAUAUUGUACAUCUGUAACGCCAUCAUCUCCGUUCGUUUCACGGAUUAAUUGACGUUACACAUUCUUGUUCGGUUUCAAGUUGUAUUUUGUAGCGUCAACAAUGCUUAUCACGUUCAAAAAUUUGCAACAGCAAACGUUCAAAUUGGAAAUCGAUUCGGACCAAACGGUAAAACAAUUAAAAGAUAAGCUGCAAGCUGAAAAAGGAUCUGAAUACUUGGCAGAAAAUCAAAAAUUGAUUUAUGCAGGAAAAAUACUUAGUGAUGAUACUAAAAUUAGUGAUUGUAACAUUGACCCCAAAAAAUUUGUGGUGGUUAUGGUUUCUAAGUCUAUUGGUGCUCCUAGUGCUGCUAAUUCUUCUACUACCACUAAAUCGACCACAUCAGCAUCUGCUUCUACCUCUGAUAAACCAACUGAAAGUGCUCCUGUAACAGCUGAAAAAAAUAAAAUUGAAAGUCAACAAACACCACCAAUAGUAGCAACACCUGCUCCUGUUGAGGCUGCUUCUAACGAUGAAUUUGAAGGAAUGGUUCAAAAUAUUAUGGAUAUGGGAUACGAAAGAACCCAGGUUGAAAACGCUCUCAGAGCCAGUUUUAAUAAUCCAGACCGAGCAGUUGAAUAUUUACUUACUGGAAUACCUGACGAACUUCAAGCUGAUCCAACUAUUAACCAGAGUAUAAGUAACAUACUAAGUGAAGAUACAGGUAGUUCAACUGGUAGUAGCCAAGGUAGCGCCCAAGCCUCCCUUAGUGACCCUUUGGCUUUUUUGCGUAAUCAGCCAACAUUUCAACAAAUGCGUUCUGUUGUUCAACAAAAUCCCGAAUUAUUAAACUCUGUAUUGCAACAAAUUGGACAGACCAACCCAGCUCUAUUGCAAAUGAUUUCUAAUAACCAAGAAGCAUUUGUGCGUAUGUUGAAUGAACCAAAUGAAAGUGCAGCUGCAACACCAGCAGCUACUGCUGCAAGUAGGGGAGGAUCGGCAGGAGGAUAUGAAGUACCUGUGUCUCCUCAAGAUAAAGAAGCCAUUGAUAGAUUGAUAGCAUUAGGUUUUCCUGAACACCAAGUAGUACAAGCAUAUUUUGCCUGUGAGAAGAAUGAAAAUAUGGCGGCCAAUUUAUUACUGACGCAGGAACCAGAUGAUUAAAAUUUCAAGACUGAAAGGAUUUGGCAGAAUAACUACAUAUUAAAACAGAAUUGCUAUGUAUUUUACAUAUUUAUUUGAAAAAUAGUAAUCAUGUUAUGGAAAAUUUGCUUAAAAAAAAAAAAUUAUUUAUAACAUUUUAGAAAUAGAACAGUCCCUAAGUUGU